CUACUGUCAUUUGGCACUUCUGGAAAAACAUCAAAAUCAGCCUGUUUCAUUCACUCUCGCUGUAUUUGCUGCUUCCCAGCUGCUAAACAAUAAUAUUGCGUGUCUCUAUUGCUUUUUUAGUCAGCGCAGAGCUUUUUCCAUAAAUUUCUAAAGUUACCGUAAUCACUGGCGUUGCAAAAAGUGUUACUACUCAUCACCAUACACCAAAUGCACAUUUGUGGCAGAUCGUGAACAGUAAGCAGCGAAAGAUUUUCGUGCCGUCGUUGUUGUCGUCGUUGUUGUACCACAAUCUGUACGAGGUUGAUGUGCAGGAAGUUCGUGUUCGGGACAGAACUUGCUCGGUGCUAGAAAAGUUUUCCUUUGUGUAAAACUGUGCGUGCGAUUGUGUUUGCAGUCAUUGAAGAAGAAGGUCGAUUGUAGUUCUACGCAAAACCGUCACCGUGGCUUUGCAUGGUGUGAAAAGCGGAAAUACGCGAUGACUAUCAAACCCGUGGUCAAUCAGAAAAGUGCUAAAGAGGAAACGCAGGAGGGCACGCCUCAGAACGUCCAUGGUGUUGGCAGUGCAGGCGUUCGUACGUCGCACCGUAAUGUGGUGCUUAAUCAGCUGUCGUCAUCGGAAUCACAAGCGCUGCCAAGGGAAAAACGGGUGCUAACACCUCACAGCUUCGAAAAUGACAGCGUAGUACGUCAUCGUAGGAGCCCACACAAAAACCUUGGGCGUCUAAAGCGUGAUCAUUACCACAAGCGGGAAAGCCGCGAACGGGAUAAAACCGCCGGUUCACCAAGCUACCAUCAUCAUGUCGUGCUGCAACCAUCAGCCAGUAGCAAAAAACAGACCACCGCCUGCUCCAGCGCACUGGCCAGUGCUGCCGUUGGUGGUCGUUCACCAAAAAGUACUCAUCAAUCGUCCGGCGCGGGUGCAUCACUGUUGAGCGGUCACCAAGGUGUAGUGAACAGCCCGGGAGUUUCCGGUGUGGAUCUCAACGCUGUGCUGGAGGAUGUGCGUUCCGGGUAUAACAGUGGCGAUGAGUAUUUCGAACAGAAAGAUGCACAGCUCACAGUGGAUGAGUGGAAAAAGCGUGAUGAAGCAUUCGCAAAGGUCCUGUCCGAGCGGGGCUUCAUACUGCAAGAGAUGGAAGAGGAUGGUGCGUGUCUCUUUCGUGCCAUUUCCCUGCAGAUUUAUGGCGAUCAGGAUAUGCACGAAAUGAUCCGGCAGCAAACGAUGGAUUACAUUGAUAAAAAUCGCGAAUAUUUUGCACAGUUCGUUACGGAAGAUAUCGCCGAUUAUGUCGAGCGGAAGCGAGCGAACCAUGUGCACGGCAAUCACAUAGAAAUUCAAGCAAUGUCUGAAAUGUACAAUCGUUCUGUUGAGUUGUAUUGCUAUCAAACUGAACCAACCAAUAUAUUCAAUUCGGAUCAAAUCAACAACGGUAACGAACCGUUCCGGCUGUCGUAUCAGCGCAGCUCACACUACAAUGCGAUCAUUAACCCGUACAAAGCAUCCGUCGGUGUGGGGCUCGGACUUGCCGGUUACCGACCGGAUGAGCUCGACAUCAAGGAGGUAGCCGAUGCGGUACGCAUGAGCGAGGAACUAGAGAUCGAAAAAACGAUGCUAGAGGACAAGCUCAAAACUACCGACUGGGAGGCAACGAACGACGAGAUCGCGGAACAGAUUGCCCGCGAAUCGUACGCACAGUACUGCCGCGAAAGUCGCAUCGGUGCCGGUGGUGGAUCGAGCCAGAACAAAAGCACCAGCAGUACGAUCACCUCGAAGGAGAUGAUGGCGGCCUGUGCUAGUGGAUCGCAGUCGGCUUCCUCGUUUCUGCUCGAGCUACGCAAAUCACCUUCCGCAACGCAUGGUAACCACCAGUCCACCGUGUCAGGGCAUUCGAGUGAUCGGGGCGCUUGUUCGUCCAGUUCGAAAAACAGCUCGUUCGAGCUAGAUUGCUGUUCAUCGCCAUCGUCCUCACAGCAGCAGCAGCAGCAGCAGCAGCAGUACUAUUACGGUUCCAGCACGAACACGAACGGUACGGCCAGUGGCAACAGCACAACCUGCAGCAGUGAAUGCAAUCGCCGGAAAAAGCGUAAUCUUAACUCACCGAUCGAAAAAACGAACACCGCAGAAACGAAAAAGUGCAAAGCAAACAGCAAUCGCGCAUCCAGCACUUCGAACAGUCCUCGUCGUUCGGAAAGUCCCGCUCAAGACAAGUCACCUGCUCCAUCACCACCGAGCACAUCGAGCACAACGCCACCGGCCAGGGAUAGUGUCGAUGAGGAAAGCAGCGGCAGUGGCGGUACGAGCAGCUUGUUUGGAUCUCUGCAACCGCAGCUUCCACUGCGCGACGAAACACCAAUGUCCGAGUUUUAUCAAUCAUUGCUCGAAUCUUCCUACACUGACGAUGGUAGCUUCGGGCAACUGUCGGAAAGGGAAAUGAUACAGAAAGCGCUCGAAGAGUCGGCAAUGGAUUUUGUGAAACGAUGCGACGGUUCCAAAGCGUUCCACGAAGACAAAUACGGCACAACCGAUGAGGAGUACGAUUCACCAUCACCGUAAAGCGAUGGACGAUUGCAGGAAGCGCUCCAAACGCGUUUGUAUACACAGUUCAGCUUCAUCAUUAUCCUGUGGGCUGGAUAAUGAUUUUAUUCAACCGGGAAAAUGUGGAAGGUAUUGCGCCUACACUUGUGCACAUACAUACAGCAGGGAUUAACACACAAACACACACACACAGAGCCGGAGACAUGCCCAUACACAAACACACAGAGACACAGAUUAGGAUUUAAUAUUAUCUAGCUUGUAACUUUAAUCUAAUAUUUCUGUGGUAGAGCUAUACAAAUUAUUAUACUAUACCACUUCGUUUCUACUUUGCAAUCGAACGUGUGGGAACGAUUGGCGUCUGUGUGUGUUUUUUUUGUUUUGUUUCGUUUUAAUUUUUGUGUUUCUAGUGGAUUAGCUUCAUGAUCAAGUGUUCUUCAUUUUAUGUUUUUGCUUUCUUUGUUUUAAUGUAAGCAAUUAUUGUAGCUAACACGUGCCCCCGUGCACACAUAAUCACACACACACAAAGAGACACACAAACAAGCGGAUUCGUACUGGUGACGGAUUCCGUAGUAAAAAAAAAGGUAUUCUGACACGCGCCUCCAACAUACUAACCACGUGUAUGUGAUGAGGGAAGUGAUAAUACAGAUAGCCCAGAUAACGGAUUUGUUUUGUGUGUUUGUGAUUGAAGGCAAUGGCACAAUCCUUUGCACAUGUAGUGCGUAAUUUAUGUGUGCGUAAGUUUAAGUAUCGUGUAAAAAUUUCUCGCUCCAAGAAGAAGCGUAUACGCAUUUCGUGCAAUUGCGGCAAUUGGCAUCGUUUACAAACCAUGUACAAAGUAGAGGUAUUGUGACUGAGCGUGUAAAGGCGCCCCGGUUCGUUCGUCGUCAGCAGGGGGCAACCUGUACCGUAACGUUAUUUGGUGUAGUGCUUCACCAUUCAGCGAAAAAUGGGUUUAUAGUUGGUUUGUUUUUCCUUUUUCCCAAUGCGAAAACCGUGAAUUUUAACCGUGUGUAAGUGGAUGUUUUUGCUUGCUGCAUUAGAAUUAGAAGCGUUUUGUGCGAAUGCGUGUGCCAGUUGUCUACUCAAUUACGCUGCACGCAAACACACACACAGCAGACUACACUCAAACCUGUUGGUUGGCGCGUGGUAAGAGUACCUAUAAGAAUAAUUACAAUUUUCAAAAUUACAUUCUUGAUGCUAAAGCCGAGAAGUUGGGAAGAACAAAUAAAAGCAAAUCAUUAUAAGUAUCAUAAA